AUGGCACUGGCCGGAAGCCCCAGAGCCAAGAAGGGCAUUUUGGAACGUCUGGAUAGUGGGGAGGUUGUGGUUGGAGACGGCAGCUUUCUCAUAACUCUGGAGAAGAGGGGCUACGUGAAGGCCGGACUCUGGACUUCAGAAGCCGUAGUAGAACAUCCAAAUGCAGUUCGUCAGCUUCACAUGGAAUUCUUGAGAGCGGGAUCAAAUGUCAUGCAGACUUUCACCUUUUCUGCCAGUGAGGACAAAAUGGAAAGUCAGUGGGAAGCUGUAAACACCGCUGCCUGUGACCUUGCCAGAGAAGUAGCCAACAAAGGUGAUGCUUUGGUAGCAGGGGGGAUCUGCCAGACAUCGUUGUACAAACACCACAAGGAUGAAGCUAGAAUUAAAAAACUUUUUCGACUACAGCUAGAGGUUUUUGCCAGGAAAAAUGUGGACUUCCUGAUUGCAGAGUAUUUUGAACAUGCUGAAGAAGCUGUGUGGGCUGUGGAAGUCUUAAAAGAAGCCAGAAAACCCGUGGCAGCCACCAUGUGCAUAGGCCCAGAGGGAGACAUGCAUGGUGUAACACCUGGAGAAUGUGCUGUGAAGCUGGUGAGGGCAGGGGCUUCAAUUGUUGGUGUGAACUGCCGAUUUGGGCCCUGGACCAGCCUGAAGACAAUGAGACUCAUGAAGGAAGGCCUAUGGGCUGCAGGACUGAAAGCACACUUGAUGGUGCAGCCCCUGGGGUUCCACAUGCCCGACUGUGGCAAAGGAGGGUUUGUGGAUCUCCCCGAAUAUCCCUUCGCACUGGAGCCCAGAGUUGCAACCAGAUGGGAUAUUCAAAAAUAUGCCAGAGAGGCCUACAACCUGGGGGUCAGGUACAUAGGCGGGUGCUGUGGAUUUGAGCCCUACCACAUCAGGGCCAUUGCAGAGGAGCUGGCCCCGGAAAGGGGAUUUUUGCCUCCGUCUUCUGACAAACAUGGCAGCUGGGGAAGUGGUCUCAACACACACACCAAACCCUGGGUUAGAGCCAGGGCUAGAAGGGAGUAUUGGGAGAAUCUGCUGCCGGCUUCAGGCAGACCUUUCUGUCCUUCAUUGUCAAAGCCAGACGCCUAA